AUGGAAGAAAGAAAUCUGAUUAACUAAGAAAUUGAGAAUUACAUAAAAAUUUAUGAUAGCAUAGACUCUUUGAACCCUAUUAAUUAAUCCAAACUUUAAGAAAUUAAAAAUGUGCUUGAAUUGAAGGUGCAAGUUUUGGAAGAUGAAGGAGACUUGGUCAUUUAUGGCUACUACAAGUACCAAAUUGCGAAGAGAUUUUUAUUACAUGCCGAAGAUAGACUAAAGAAAAAAUAUGAAAACUAAUGCAAGAUCUACGCUGAAUAAUAUAAUUAAUAUAUAAAUCUAAUGAAUCGCCAUUACCAAGAGGAGGAAGAGGGUAAAGCCAACAGUGAUGAGAACAAACUCAAUUAAAUAAAAGUAGAGGUUUAGAAAAUUAUUUAAAACUGUCAAAAGAUAGAUCAAACAGGUAAGGAAUAAUUGCAAUCUUUUUUAAAUACUUGCUGUAUUCAAUUUCCUUGUACAUCUAUUAACUCAUUUAGAAACAAUAACAGCAGCUUUAAAUAGCUUUACGAAUAUUUAGACGAAUUAAUCACAUUCAUAUAGAGUCGCUAUAACAUUUCAGACAACUGUCAUAAUAUCGAAAUAGACAAUGACAAUGACAAUGACAAUGACAAUGUCAAUUAUAAUAAUAAUGAACGAAGGCUAGCUAUGGUUGAUUGUAAAUUAAUUUCUGAUUCAAAAGAACAAAUAGGAGAAUCAUUUAAUUACAUUAAUAUGUAAUUUUAUGAAUCAAUCUAUCAAAACCCUGAUUUUAUAAAAAAUUACUACGGGGAGCCUGUAUUAGAUGAAAUUGAUUUUAAGCGAAAACGCAAGAUAAUCUUACUGUUUAUAUCUCCGGACAAAUAUCGUUAUUAUUUUUAUAACCAUAAGUGUUAAGAAUAGGCUCUAAAUAUAAUGCGAAGAUUAAGACAGCAACACGACGAUUAUAGAGAUAAAAUAAAGAAAUAGAUAAAUUAAAGUUACUAGAAUGUACUUUUGCUCAAAUAAAUGGAAGAAAAUGAAGAAGAAGCUCAAAGACAUUUCAAAAAAGCAAAUAAUCUAAGAAAGAUGAAAUUAUAAUUAGAUGAUAGACAUUUAUAAAGUAGUAUCGAGAAAGAAAUAGCUUUAGAAAUUAAUAUUGCUAUCAAGUAUUUCAGAAUCUGCAUGAAGCAUGCUGACAAAAUGAAGAUUUUACAAAAAUCUAUUAUUUAUAGAAACAACAUAGCAUUGUGUUAUUACAUCAAAGAUGCUAGUGUUUUGGCUUAAAUAUAUGCACUGGGGGCAUUACAUGCUAUUCUUAGGUUUCCCAAUUCAUAAUAUCUGCCAUUACUAGAAGAAACAAAGAAAGUUUUAAGUAAAGUAAAAGGGAAUUCAAAAAAGUAGGGAUAAAGCGGUGAAUAGUAACAACAAAACUAAGAUAAUGAAAAUUAAAUUUAAACAUCAGCAUUAAUUCCUUUAAACACUUAACAAUGUGCUUUAUAUAUAGAAGAGUAGCUAGGUUAACUUAAAAUGGAACCUUUUAAUCAAAUCAUGAAAGCACAUUACAGCAAUUGUGGAGAUUAUAAUAUUCAAAGAUAUUAAAAUUUUGAGUAGACUGCAAUAACAAACACUAAAAAAAGAAUAAUUUAAGCAGAGGUAUUAGGGGCUGCAGGAUGUUCUAUUGGUGCGAUUUUGUCUGAGGGUAUUUUAAUUGGUUUAGGUAUUUCUACUUUUGGUCUUGUAUCAUUUUUAAUAACUCCAUUAUUCAUAUAUCCUGCUUAUGUUGCAUGUCAAAAUGCAAAGAAAUCAUACCAAAAUUAUACUUAGCUCUAACAGACAAGAUCUAAUAUUAAUUCUAUUGUCUAAGAAUCUAUUAAGCUUCAUUAAAAAUCGCAGUAUUUAGACUUUUUAAACAAACUGGCAACCCCUUAUCUUAUUGAAGGUGACAAUUAGUAAAGUCUCAUUGAAAUAACUUAAAGCGAUAGUGGAUUAAUUAUAAAAUAUGAUAAUUUAAUUCCUAUACUAUUGGGCAAUGGAUUUAGACCAGAUGCUGUUGGCUAUUUAAUGAUUUUGCUAGGUGAAUCUAUUCUUGGAUGCAAAGAAUAUACUGAAAAGGGUGCAGUUUACCAGCGAUAAUAAAAAGUAAUUGCUGAGCAAAUAUUUUAAAGAGUUGCAGACAACAGAGACAUUUUAAAUUAGGCAAUGUAGAUUGAUUCAAAAAUUGCUAAGAUAAUUUCAAAUUAUAAGGAGCAUCGUAUAUGUUCUUGUGGUAACCGUCCCUGCCAAAGUAUAUUUUGUCAUGCUCGUAGUAGAGCGGCUUGUGCUUUCGAAAGAACAAAAGAUAAUUUUCUUGAUUGCAUCAGUUCAGAUUUAGUUGUCGAUAGCAAGAAUUCAAUAGCAUAUUCUGAUGUGGAGAGGUAGUGUUAUUCAUCAUAUGAGGAAAAAGUAAAAGAAAUAUAAGAUUUUGCUUCGAUGAAUAUUUGCUUAAUUAGAAUUAUAAAUAAUGACAUUGACUCUGCUAAGAUAUAUUUGAAAACGAAAUUACAAAAAAGAUAAAAUUUUAAUUAUUACUUUACUUAAACAGAAGAAAGUUGGUAUGUCUUACAGGAUUUAAUUCAUAUUUUUGAGCCUGAAUUUUAAAUUUAGCAAAGUUUGUCAUAUCAAAUCUUAAGUAGUGUAGAUUGUGAUAUUGUAAAUAAAUUGUAAACUCUAGUAGAAAAUAAACAAUUUAUUUAAGCGAGUGAGCAUAUUAGAAGUUAUGUUACUGAUGAAAAGUUUAACAAAUAAGAAAAUGAACAAAUAGUAAAGUAGUUCUAUUACUGGUGUACAAUAUGCUUUGACGGACUAAAUGACCGAAAUGCUGUGAUGUUUUAUUCUUCAAAAUAUGGAAUUAAAGAGGGUAGAAACAAAGAACAAGAGAAAAAAAUUUAAGAAAUAAGAACGAAAUAUCUCAAUUAAUAAAAUAGUUAUUAUUGA